AUGUCAUCAUCUGGAGCGUCGGAAUCGGAGGUGGAGACUUGUGAUGAAAACGUCGGGUUGCUUGGAUCUCGUGCGAAGAAGACAAAACACGAGAGACCAGUAAGAGCUGAGCAAACUGCACCACUUCACAGGCCAUUCGGAAGCACCACUGACGAUGCGACCGUUGAAUUCGGCGGAAGAAACGACUACCACGAUCCGUAUACUUCUGACGAUGAGCUCUUGCACACAGGAAGUGAUGCAUACGGAUCAACUGUCGGUGCUACUAUCUCAUUGAAGUUCAACGAAGCGUGCCGUGCCAUUCACAAUGGUCACUACCCGCAGAGAAUUGCACAGGGAUCCAGUGGAAGCUAUUUUGUCAAGAAUAUGCAGGAUGAAAUCAUCGCCGUCUUCAAACCAAAAAACGAGGAGCCGUAUGGAUCUCUCAACCCGAAAUGGCUCAAAUGGAUUCAUCGUGUAUUCCUCCCGUGCUGUUUUGGACGCAGUUGUCUUCCACCCAACCAGGUUAGUGAUGUAUCGGUUACUUUUGUGUUGUCCUGGACUUUUCACUUAAUUGGACUCUAA